ACAAACAGGAAACAAUACCACAAAAGUAGAGCACAAACAUGGACCGAAUCGGCCCUCGGUUCUUGACUGUUUUGUGAACGAAAAACGUUUGGAAAAAGGCUAUAUACUUAAUUUUGAUUUUUUUUUUUUUUUUCAUCGUUGACCAGAAACCAAGGCUUCAAAAUGGGGGGCGGAGAUCUGAAUUUAAAGAAGAGCUGGCACCCCCAGACUAUGAAAAACAUCGAACGCGUUUGGAAAGCCGAGCAAAAACAUGAAUCCGAACGUAAGAAAAUCGAAGAGCUUCAGAAAGAGCUGAAGGAGGAAAGAGCCCGCGAGGAAAUGACUAGAUACGCUGAAGAAACCGGUGCCAUAAAAAAGAAGGAUGAUCGGCUAGACUGGAUGUACCAAGGUCCUUCUAGUCAGGUGUCCAGAGAUGAGUAUCUCAUGGGACGUCCCAUCGACAAGCAGAUCACAGACCAGUAUGAGGAACCUGAAAGUGGCCCAUCAGCAGAAACUGGACUUCUGCCCGGCUCCAUCUUCAGCCCCGUCGCUGCUACGUCCAGCAUGGACAUGGCUGCCAAGAUCAGGGAAGACCCUCUGUUUGAAAUCAGAAAACGUGAGGAAGCAAAGAAGAGAGAGGUCUUGACAAAUCCAGUGAAGAUGAAGAAAAUUAAAGAAAUGCUGCGUCAGAAUCUUGACGUGAAAGACAAGAAAAAGAAAAGGAAGAAGGACAAAAAGGAAAAGAAGGGAGACAAAGACAGAAGAAAGGAGAAGAAACACAAAAGAAGCCACUCGGUUUCCAGUUCAGAUGACGAUGACAAAAAAUACAGGUCACACACUCGAGAUGGAAUUUCCUCUCACGACAAACCUCACUCCCAUCAUCUUCCAGGCUACGGCCUCCUGCUCCCUGCAGGCAAACAACACCACUCCUCUGCUUUGAAUCACUCAAGACGCCAUGAGAGGAGUCGAAGCCGAUCUCCCGCAAGAAAAAAUGGCGAAAGUUACUCCUCUUCCUCACACCGAAGCGACAGGAAAAUGGAAGUCAGGGCUCGUAGCCCACAGAAAGAACGCUACCAAAGGCAGAGGAAUCAUGUGUCAAAGAAGCUCUCUGCAGAGGAGCUGGAGCAGAAGAGAAAAGCCAUGAUGGACCAGGCAAAGCUGAGAGACGAGGACAGGGAGAAUAAUGUGAGAAGAUACAAGAAGCAAGAUGAGCAAGAAAAACUGCGGGAACAAAAUUCCAAGCGUGACCACCAUGCUGGCUUUAUUCAUGACAUGAAGUUAGAGAGCGCAGCCACGUCAUCUUUAGAGGACAGAGUCAAAAGGAAUAUCCACUCCAUUCAGAGGACGCCAGCGUCAUUGGACAAUUUUAUGAAGAGAUGAUAUACUGAUAUACUACAAUAUACUGUACAUACUGAUUCCAAAACGUUUAUUCAGAAGAAUAGUGCUCCUUUAAUUGAUAUACGGUGCUUAGUAGAGAAAUGGAUGUGUUGUGAUUAACCUACAUGUAAAAUCUAUUUUGUGUUCAGUGUUAAUAGAAUAAUUUUAUAUUAAAAAAAAACAAAAAGCAAAAAUUCUUAGCUUGUGUGUGUAAAGGCAGUUUCUUAUGUAAACAUUGUAAAGUAUUUUCCUUCCAUUUUAUCCGGUCAAAUCGUGCUUGUCAUGGUUUUAUUUUUAAAGUUACGUGGUCUUGCAAAACGUAAUGGAUUAAAAUUUACGGAACUGGUUA